AUGUUCGAGGUUGGUGGUGUGUGGGUUUGCGAGACGGAAAAAAGCGCGACACCAGGAAGAGAAGCCGCGGCCUCUGAACUCGAGCCUGGCAGACCCAAAUACUGUGGCCCUUCCGCGCAAGAUUAUCAAGUAACAAAGAGAUCUGUACAGGGACGCUAUCGCAUCAUUCGACUUGUUCCGCGCCUACGCCCUUCGGGCAUCUUGACUUCCCUCCUUCGGAGACUUCUCUGCUUCUUCUACAACGGCACCUACCAAGACGAAGACAAGGACUUGACCUUUUCCAAGAUUAAGCCUCUCGACCUCUCCCCUCCAGCCAACGCACGUGGCGAUGAACAUCUCGAGCAUCAGGAGGUCGAACUCAUCAGGAGCUUGCACAACCUUCACAUCACUGCACAGUCCUGCAAGUCUGAGGUCUUGGUCAAGGCUUUAAACAGUGUCAAGGUCUUCCGUGCCGCUUUCAUGUGGAACCACCACGCUACAAUGUUCAACAGCUCGAUGGCAAGAUGUGCAAAAAUUCGACGACUGCAUUUCCAUCAUCAUCAGCUGGUCAACAUUGCCAGAACAGAAACUCCGACACUCGCUCAUUGUAUCCUUGUCGAGCCGACUCAACCAUUCCAUCGCUCUGUCUACCGUUCGGGAGCUUCUGAAGAUUCCACUGAGGCCUCAACCUAUCACGCCGCCGGUUCCGUCGUCGUUCCCAACUCUGAGUAUAUCGCCACCACUUGCGCUCAAGCGAGACGAGAGAUCCAACCCUUGUGCUUUUGUCACCUUCACUCUUCGAGUCAAGCCUCCCCUGGACCAGCCACCGGAGUCUACGAAAAGAGCAGCGAGGAAAAGCAACGUCAGACCUUCAGCCGCCAGCCUCGAAGAGCAGCUUCUACAUGUCGAUUUGUAGACCAAGCCUGGGUGUUCACGCGAUGA